AUGGAUAUACUUAAUGUAACAGAAAAACUCUAUGUAGACAAUUCAAUAGUUAGUACUGAAUUACAUACAUAUCAACCAUUCAUCUCUUCGAAAUUCGAUUAUAACGAUGAAAUACGAAUACCAAUUCAAGAACUUGAUGCGUAUACGCUACCUUCAGAAAGUCUUUUAUAUAUUGAGGGAGCUCUUUUAAAUAAUGAAGACAAAUACACAAAAAAAUUAAAGUUUGUUAAUAACGGCAUUGCAUUUCUAUUUAGAGAAAUUCGCUUUGAACUUAACGGGGUUAUUAUAGAUUCUGUAAGGAAUGUUGGGUUAGCUUCAACUUUAAAAGGAUACGUUUCUUUCAAUACCAAUGAGAGCAUUAAACUGCAGAACGCUGGAUGGUUCCCAGACAGAAAAGAAAGUGAUAGAAUCUUGGUAGAUGACAAUGGAAAAUUUAAUGUAUCUAUACCCCUAAAAAUACUUCUUGGAUUCUUUGAAGAUUAUAAGAAAAUUAUUUUAAAUAUGAAACAAGAGUUGGUCCUAAUUAGGGCUAGUAAUGACUUAGAUGCCGUUUUCUUUAAAGAUGAUACAACCCCUCCAACAACUACUGUUGAAACGCCAAAGGUUUCAAUUGAUAAACUAUGUUGGAAGAUCCCUCAUAUUACAGUCGAUAUUCCUCAACAACUUGCUCUAACUAAGAUAUUAGAAUCAAACAAAGAACUUUUAAUUGGAUUUCGAAGUUGGGAAAUUAUUGAAUAUUCUUCAUUACCUGAGACCACUCGUCACACAUGGCCAGUAAAAACCACUAGUAAACUCGAAGCUCCUCGUCAUGUCAUAAUUGCAUUCCAGAUAGAUAUAGGACAAGUUACUAAAGAUAUGAGUCAAUUUGAUAAUGUUGAUUUAUCUAAUAUCCGAAUCUUUUUAAAUUCCGAAAGAUAUCCAUAUCAUGACCUAUAUUUAAAUUUUAAAGAGAACAAAUAUUCUGCUUUAUAUGAAAUGUAUGCUGAUUUUAGGCACUCUUAUUAUGGAACUUCUAUUGAACCAAUGUUUAGUCCGGAAAAAUUUAAGAGUAUUUAUCCAGUUACACAUAUUGACUGUUCUCAUCAAAAAGAAUUCCUACAAACCGGUUCUAUUGUAAUGAGAGUGGAAUUUGAAACAAAUGCUAAUAUCAAAAAAGAAACAUCUGCUUAUUGUCUUAUUUUGCAUGACAAAGUAUUUAGUUAUAACCCCUUAACAAAAAUUGUUAAACCACUCUAA